AUGGCCGCCCUUUCAAAACUGCAAUUUGGCCUCCGGCUCGCGGAUGCUGAUCUUGCUGCAGAGAGGCUGAGAGAAGAGCUGAACUUUCUGGAGCGGCAGAUUAAGCGCAGGGCGAGACCAGUGAGACCACAGCUAGAUCAGGAGCAGGCGGAAGAAGAUCGCCCGCAGGAGGAGGGAGAUCUGACGCAAAAGCUGGAGUACCUCAAGGGUAUGUUGACGAUGUAUGACGAUGCAAAAUGCGUGCUCAGGUGCAAGGACCUGGCCAUCGACAGGCACUACGUGCGACUGUCUCGAGAGGAGAAGGCUGCAGCUGACCAAGUCCACCUGAAGAUGGCGGACCUUCUCACCCAAAUGGAGCGACAAAUCUACCGAGUUCUUCGAACUGAGAAUCCAUGGUUCAACGCGCAAGUCCUCAAAACCAGGCGCUGGCUAGUGGAGCACCCAGGAGAAGCGGCGUGUGUGUUCAUGUCAUGCUCCGCUUUCGCUUCCGGAGCUUUGGGCCUUCUCUGUGUCCAGGGGGCUCAUCCAUUCUACUGGGCUGGCUUGGUGAAAGCGCCGCUGAGUGUGGCCGCGAUGUUUGGUGUUGGUGCUGCUGGCGGCGCGGUGUUGGGAGCUCUCUUCGUCGGUGUUUUGCACUACUGUCUGACAACAGACUGCUGGGCAUUCCUCACGGAGUCGUCCAAAUCGCAUGUUGCUGACGUGAACCGCAUGGUGGAGGCCAUGAAGACCAUGCCAGAUGCUCAGUUUGCUGCAAGCCUCGAUGACAUCUUGGGGAGCAUGGCCGCCUUGUCAAGUUCAAUUCCGGAGGCACCGGAUCGGCUUUGCAACAGUUGCCUGGAGGAUGGGCACAACGUCAUCGCCCCAGUGAAGGCUCCCCGGUGCCGGGGUUCUCACUUCAUGUGCAAAGAGCACUGGAAGGGAUACACUCAGCACUUCGGCGACAAAUGUCCCCAGUGCCGGGUGUGA